UCGAUCGUAGGAUUUGGCGUGCAGCAGUGUUCAUUUCCAUCCGAGCAGUCGUUGGAGUUGGUUGGCUAACCGCGGUGUUCUAGUGUGAUUGGCCCAAGUAGCAGUCAGCAGAAGAAGAGAGGUGUGCGUCUGACAGCGGUGGAGAAAAGAAGUGAUGCGGUGUUAGCUGUGCGGAAAAUCAGAUGCCUGUGAAGAGUUAGUUAACAACCGGUGUGUGAUCGCAACAUCAAGAAGCAGUGUGUAGUGGCUCUGGCAUUGAAUGUCCCAGAAAUCGCUGGUCUGGUUCUACUGCUCGGCGAAACACGACGGUAACCAGAUGCUCGGCUCGAGAAGUUUGACAUUGUUGUGCACGAUUAUGAUUCCGUGACUGAUUGGUUGGUUGGAAUUUUUAGUGAGUCACCAAGCGCACAGUGCUUGAGACCAGAAUAUCCCCAAACCGAAUGAAUCGCGUGUGUGGUGAUGCUGUGUGGAAUUGACAUACGGAUGUGGUUUUUCUGGAAUUUGGAAGCGUGUGCUAAGUACUUCUGCUGGAUUGUGUCGAAGGGAUCGAUUUCAACGGUUUCCUUUUGGUGUGUUUUGUGAUUGUGCGUGAUGUGUUGUCAAUCAAGCUCUGAUUAAUUAACAAUUAACCAACCAAAACACGAUCGAAAAGGUGAAACUCUCAGCCCUACAAACGGUCCUCAUCGACUCUGGACGUUGGUGACUACUGCUGUGUGAAAAUUGAUUACAUUGCUCAAAGCAUCUAUUCAUCGCAAUCGACGAAUCCUUACUUGGAACCAUUGGCAUUUUGAAAGAUCAACGCAGUUUACAUUAAGAUUAGCAGCUCUAGCCUUAACAAUACUUCUCGAAUUGAACGAUACUCCUUCAGAAAGCAAUAACACGACACGCAAGAUUAACGAUUAAGCUUAUUUAUCCAAUUAUUUAUAUUACAUUUAAACUGAGAUCGGCGUAAUUCCAUCCACUUAAUUUAGUUUUAAUAUUCAGUAGCAAUUUUUGAGCAAAUCUAUGGUGUAGAAAUCGACACGUAAAAUACAUGCAAUAAUACACAAAUUAACUGAUUCAGUAUCUUGUCCCCAAGUACACCGACAGUCUAAUUAUCUCCCAAUCGCAAACCAAAAAUAGACUUAGACAGUUGCAUUUUUAUCGUUACGAAACGAAGGGUUCAGUGCAGUUUUUAUUAUAUUCAACCGAUUUGAUAUCAAUUCAUUCAUUUCACCAAAUAUUAGUUUGAUAGAUUUUCAUAUUAUCACACUUCGCUUAAGGGUAGAAAGUGCAGUAAAAGCACAGAAAAAGGUACUCAUUUAAAUAAGUUCUACUAACGUCAGGUACGCUUGUGACGUUUAUUGGUUAGAAAACAGAGAGAGGAGAGACAAGUGUUCAGGGAAUUGAUUCUGAAAACAAAAAGCAGCAACGCACACGCACAUCGCAACACUCAAAAUGCUUCCAACGAGUCAACAUCAGCAGCAACAGCCGCACCAAUCCUCGGACGUGGUCGCUCAGCAGCAGCUGCAGCAGGACGCUCAAACGCAACACCUGUUGAAUGUGGCGGCCUCGUCCUACACCACGGCGGUAUCGUCGAGCGGUGGUUACACCAUGAGCUAUCCGGUGGUGACCGGGCACCAUCUAACCGAGAACAACAAUCUGAUCAUGCACCCAUCGUACGGCAAACCGGCAGCACAUGUCGCGCAUCAGCUGCCACCAGCAUCGCUCAUCACGCUACAGCCGGUGCCGCUCGAGGCGCAUCACCAUUCGGCGCUGCAUCACGUCUCCAAUCUGGGUCCACCGCCACCCGGCACUCCCGGCUCUUUGCAGCAGCAGCAGCAACCACACCAUCAACAGCAGCAGCAGCAACAGCAAGGACUAUCACCGUCCCACGGUUCGACGAUCGUAACGUCACUGGCUCCUCCACCACCCGGUUCGGGCCCGCUCGGUGGGCUAAUCAUUGGCGGAGGGCAACACUUGCACCAUGCAUCAUCAUUACAGCAGCAGCAACAACAAGCUCAUCAACAGCAGCAGCAGCAACAACAGCAGCAGCAACAGCAACAACAGCAGCAAAUGGAGCAACAGAUGGGAGUUGUAGCCUCUUCAAGUGCAUCACAAAUGCAGCAAGGUCCACCGUCUUCCAUGUCGCACGCUUCCUCCAUGAACGAUCCCAACGGAAACGGUAUGUGUGUGGUAUUGUUGUUGGCGAUUCUCAACAGUCAGCAAACAUGUUCGACAAGGGUUGACGAACACGAUGGCAGCACACUCCUUCCCCUCCGUAUCUCGAGUAGCAUGUACACCUACACUGUGCAUGGUGAACAGAGCACUCUCAAGCGCAACACGCGAGUCCUUCGAGAGAGAGAAAGGCCGCGUUGUUUAAACCAAAGCUUGCCCUAGUGUGCUCCGUUGUGCAUGGGUAUGUGCGGGUGAAAUGUGAAAGAGGAUACACAGUGGUGUGUCGUCAUUGUUGUGUCCGAUCCCGACAAGCGAACAAAUAUGAUGAAAUCUCUCUCGAAGUUUGCCACUCGACAUCGAAAUGCUUCCGCCCAGAACAACAUAUUCACUUUGGAAGAUCACGUUGGAUGUCGCUGCGGAAGCUUGGGAAGAGAGACGAUGUGGUGUUGUAGUUGCUUGUGUGUGGUGGUGGUGCGGUUAUUUCCUUGGGAGCACAAGUUUCUUUUCAGAGUUGUCUCUUAGAUGUGUUCUCACAUUACUUCCCGCUGCUGGAUCGAUCGAUGAUGGGUGGUUCUGCCUUAUGCCUGAAUGCACGAAACGCUGUAGAUCUAGGAAGUGUAUCCUCUUUUCAUGCGACGACGACGACAACGACGUGUGUGUCUCUGUGCCGUAGAGAAGGAUGUGUUCACACUCAACCCAAUUUUGAUAUCUAAAGUAGGUAAAUAACAAAUUCAUUUGAUCUUUUCAGUAACAACAUGCAUGAUUUUAGAAUGAAAUAUGGAUUACAUGAAGAUGCAUAAGAUUCUUCUUUGCAUGAUCUCGUUUCUUCAGUGUUUUUAAAAGCCUAGUAGCAUUUUCGUUUAUUUUAUAACUCAAUCAAGAUUAACGCAUUGGUACUAAUUACUUCAGCUACUUCAGGUAAUGGAAUUGUACCGGGGACAGAAAACGACUCUUGUUUGAUGUGUAGCUUUGCUCUUCACACUACUAUAUUCAAUUAUGGUAUGAGGAGUUCUAUGCAAAUCGUUUGUAUUUUUAAAAGAAUUCGUUCUCUUCAAUAGUUAUGUUCUUAAUCGUUCAAGUUGGGUGCGAUCGCUGUUCUUUCUUUUUUGAAAUGAUCAUUUUUCUUGGCGCUUUGCUUGGAAUCGUUUGCACGAAUGCACGAAUCCAGAGAAGAACACGAUGCUUUUUGACGCCUUUUACGUGUGUGUACGCAUUUACAGUUACAGGAAAAUGCCUCCAGGGAAGAAUCUUGCCAGUCUAUACUCCUCUAACGUGCUUCCAUAACGGUAAUAUCAUUAUGGAACUGGCACUGCCACAACCUCUCCCCACCGGUAGGAGGGUGGACAAGAGGGCAAUUCAUGCGCUCCUUUUUUCUGCGCCUGUAUCUACAUCGUGGGGGGAGAGUCUCCUGCAAACUCCCUCUAUCUUACUUUUUCCUUUAU